CUACAGUGCUGGGAUCAGCGCGUGCGAGAAGGGCGAGCAGUGGCAGCGGGCCCUGGCGCUGCUGAGCGAGAUGCGGGAGGCGAAGCUGGAGCCCAAUGUCGUCAGCCUUAAUGCUGGGAUCAGCGCGUGCGAGAAGGGCGAGCAGUGGCAGCGGGCCCUGGCGCUACUGAUCAGCUACAGCGCUGGGAUCAGCGCGUGCGAGAAGGGCGAGCAGUGGCAGCGGGCUCUGGCGCUGCUGAGCGAGAUGCGGGAGGCGAAGCUGGAGCCCAACGUCAUCAGCUACAGCGCUGGGAUCAGCGCGUGUGAGAAAGGCAGGCAAUGGCAGCGGGCUCUGUCGCUGCUGAGCGAGAUGUGGGAAGCGAAGCUGGUUCCCAACUUCACCAGCUGCAGCGCUGGGAUUCUGGCUUGCGAUAGAUGCGGGCAGUGGCAACGGGCGAUUUGGUUGCUCAAGGAGACGUGGGACGCAAAUAUUGGGUCCAAUGUCGGUAGCUUCACUGACGCCAUAAUUAUUGCGAUACGCGGGUAA